AGCUGAAGUUGGACACUCAACCGACUGAGCCCCCCAGGCACCCCUAGAAAUUUUUUAAUUGAGUCAAAAAACAUACGUGUAUUGCUUAAGACUCUUCAUGCCAUAUAGAUGGAAAAAUGAGAUCCUUUGCCAGAAGUAGAAAAUUGACCACAAAAAUAAAUACAGGAAGACAGUGUUAAAUUCUGUUUGGAUAUCUUCUCCUGCAAAGACUCUAAGCCCAGGCCUCCUCCUGCUCUGCUCUUUUAAAAUUUUCAUUUAUUUAUUUAUGUAUGUAUUUUGAGAGAGAGGAAGAGAAUCCCAAGCCGGCUCUGCACUUUCGGUGCAGAGGCCCAGUGCAGGCCUUGGAACUCCCAAACUGUGAGAUCAUGACCUGAGCCAAAAUCAAGAGUCCAAUGCUCAAUUGACUGAGCCCCCCAGGCACCCCUCUACUAAAGAGGAACAUCAGCCUUUGUAGUGAAGAAGACUUAAAGCACCAAAUAGUCUUUCUCCCUGUAGCAUCUGAAAGGGGAAAGAAAUUGUCUUGUACUGCAGACAGUGAGCGGAAACCUCACCCACCACACUGGGACCUCGGGCUCGGUGACCAGCAGGUCCUGGCUUCUGUCGUCUGCCUGGUGGACUCAGCUGCUCCCCGAGAGCCAUUGACGUCCCCCCUCUAAGCUUCAUUUUCUUCCCGGGUGAGGGGAGAAUCCUGAAGGUUAAUACUGUGGUAUUGUCGGUACUCACCCCUGCCCCCAACACACAUACCCCCUGCCAGGCACUUAGUAAACACCGUCACUUCAGCACCUGCUUGCUGAGUACCUGUCAUGUGCUAGGACACGCAGUGGUGAGUGAAACGGAAACGCUGAGUGCAAACGUUGUGUUUUGGUACAAACAACGGGGUGGUGGGGUGGAGGGCCUGGGGAACGGUCCCGGGUGAUCAAGAAAAGCCAGUCCUUUGAGGGGACGUGUGGGCAGCACGGUUUCUCCCCCACGGUUGUGGUGCCGCGUGUUGGGUACAUAGAGAUGGCUUCAGUCCAGGCUUCGCCCCCCACGGAUUCUUCCCCAGCCCCAAGCCCACGUGCGCCCAAUCUGCUUCCCCCUCACGGAAGUUCGGACUCGAGGCCAAAGGUGACAAGGCCUGGGGACAGAAAUGGCCACCCAGGAGAAUGGUCUUGGCAUGUGGAUCUAUUUGAAGUGCAGUUUUUGAGGUUGACACUUGAGUUCCAAUCCCCCACCACCUUCUCCUGACCGGCAACUGACUCAACUUCAUGCAUGUGUCCAUGAUGGCUGGGUUGCCAGUGUUCCUCGGAGUCCUCAUUUUGCUGUCUGCCUUCCCCGGGCCGAGCGUCGGGGGCCACGCGAUGCCCAAGCUGGCCGACCGCAAGCUGUGUGCUGAUGAGGAAUGCAGCUACCCCAUCUCCAUGGCUGUGGCCCUGCAAGACUACGUGGCCCCCGACUGCCGUUUCCUGACCAUACACAGGGGCCAAGUCGUGUACGUCUUCUCCAAGCUGAAGGGCCGAGGGCGGCUCUUCUGGGGAGGCAGUGUUCAGGGAGAUUACUAUGGAGAUCUGGCGGCUCGCCUGGGCUAUUUCCCCAGUAGUGUUGUCCGUGAGGACCAGACCCUGAAACCUGGCAAAAUCGAUGUGAAGACAGAUGUGAGUCUCUUGGGGGCUGGCAGGAGUCUGGAGGGAGGACUCUUGGGCUGUGAUGAUGGGCAGUGAUGCUUCUACCCUUGGCUCCCGGGCUGCCUCGCUAUGUGCUUCAGUUUUCUGAUCUGUAAAAUGCGGAGUGAUUUCUAAGUCCAUGUCAGGUUGAGCGGUGCGAAGGUUAGAGGGCUCCGGGCUAAUUUGCAGAGCAUGUUUGGCCAAACCUGGCCCCUGCUGCUACAGCUUUUGCUAAAACCGCUAGAUCCUUUGUGGUGUGACCGCUGGUUUUCUCCCCACUGUUUUCCCUUUCUCUU